AUGUUGAUUCCACCAAACUAUUACCAGGUUGAUUUCACCACUCUGGUACUGUGUGUUGAUUCCACCAUUCUAGUACUGUGUGUUGAUUCCACCAUUCUAGUAUUGUGUGUUGAUAUCACCAUUCUGGUACUGUGUGUUGAUUUCACCAUUCUGGUACUGUGUGGUGAUUCUACCAUUUUGGUACUGUGUGUUGAUUCCACCAUUCUGGCACUGUGUGUUGAUUUCACCAUUCUGGUUCUCUGUGUUGAUUCCACCAUUCUGGUACUGUGUGUUGAUUCCACCAUUCUGCUACUGUGUGUUGAUUCCACCAUUCUGCUACUGUGUGUUGAUUCCACCAUUCUGCUACUGUGUGUUGAUUUCACCAUUCUGAUACUGUGUGUUGAUUUCACCAUUCUGAUACUGUGUGUUGAUUCCACCAUUCUGCUACUGUGUGUUGAUUUCACCAUUCUGAUACUGUGUGUUGAUUUCACCAUUCUGAUACUGUGUGUUGAUUUCACCAGUCUGUAA